GGUUCUAGCAGACGAUGAUAUCAAAAAUAAAAGAAUAUAACAAAAAACAAGAAAACUUUCUAUAUCUAUCGAACCACCCGAAUCCCGUCUUCUAUUGGUGGUUGAAUCUCAAGAUGCGAUGCUGAUGGCUACUGUGUAGUAGUAUAACCCAAAUUGAUGCGCUACUGCCGUAAUAACUUCAAGAAAAGGACUUUUUAAAACUUUUCCCAGUGCCGUGUUCAUGCCAAAUAAUUACUCAGGCAUCAGAAAAACACCUGAAAAUUGUGCAUUAACAGAUGUCUUCCAAUGAAAAAAUUGAAAAUGGUUGCACAACAGAUGGUCCACAGGUCUCUAAUGGACAUAAUACAAGUUCUGCAGUUGCACACUCACCUAGCAUGCCCUGGUUUGGGAUGGAUAUAGGUGGGACCUUAGUAAAAUUAGUAUAUUUUGAGCCUACUGAUAUUGCCCCUGAAGAGGAGAAUGUUAGCAUAUCAGAGAUUGAAACCCUUCACAACAUUCAAAAAUACCUCACCAGCAACAGUGCAUAUGGAGCAACAGGACAUCGAGAUAUUCAUUUGCAGAUGAGCUCUAUACCAAUGGGAAACAGAGUAGGAACUUUACAUUUCAUAAGGUUUCCUACAUCUGAAAUGGAGCAGUUUCUUCAGCUUGCCAAAUCAAAAGGAUUUGCUUCUCUAUCUUCAACAAUUUGUGCUACAGGUGGAGGAGCAUACAAAUUUGAAAAAGACUUUUUAAGGGUUGUACAUUUAAACCUACAUAAAUCAGAUGAACUAGAAUGUCUUAUAGGUGGGCUUUUGUACAUUGAAGAAAUUAAUCCUACUGAGGUUUACUAUUGGGAAAACCCAAUAGACGAGAGCACUUGCGUCAAAAAGACGUACAAUUUCAAGGAUCCAUAUCCGUUUUUGCUAGUAAAUAUCGGUUCAGGCGUGAGCAUACUCGCAGUUUACGGUCCAAAUAAUUUCAAAAGAGUCACGGGUACCAGCUUGGGUGGUGGUACUUUCUUGGGACUAUGCUGUCUUCUUACCGGAUGUCAGUCUUACGAAGAAGCCAUUGCGCUUGCUGCUGCUGGUGACUCAACCAAAGUUGAUAAAAAAGUUCGGGAUAUUUAUGGUGGUGACUAUGACCGAUUCGGUCUCGAUGGAGACAUUGUUGCAAGCAGUUUUGGCCAGAUGAACUUGCCGGACCGAAGAGCAGAAGUCAGCAAAGCAGAUCUAGCCCGUGCGACGCUAGUGACAAUUACGAAUAAUAUUGGUUCCAUCACUCGGAUGUGUGCACUUAAUGAAGGCAUCGAAAGAGUAGUUUUUGUUGGCAACUUUCUUCGAGUUAACACGUUGUCGAUGAAACAGUUAGCGUACGCCAUGGAUUUCUGGUCCAAUGGUGCUCUAAAAGCCCUAUUUCUCGAACACGAAGGUUACUUUGGUGCUGUCGGCUGUUUAUUGAGACUUGUUCAUACAACCGACCUGCCCGCCUCCUAA